UUGUAACUUAUUUACUUGAACAUUAUACAAAAAACGCAACUGAAAAUCUUGGAUGGUUAAUUGCGAUUUCAAAAGCAUUACCAGAUUUAUAUACACAUAAAUUAGAAUACUGUGUGAGCGAAUUAUUUUAUAAACGAUGCAUGGAAGGUUUAGAAAUAUCAAAUAUUAUUGAACAUACAGAUAUUGUACCAAAAAAAUAUCAAAUUACUUCAGAUAAGUUCAUAGCAUUUAACCCUAUUUCGACACUUAUUUCAACAAGUGAGCCAACAGUCAAUUUUAAAACUUUGGGAAAUGAUUUGAAAUUAAGAUUGUCAAAACUUUACGUAAAAAUUUUUUCAAAAGAUUAUGAAAAUUAUUCUCCAAUCGUAAAAAUAGUUCCUUUACAUAAUUUUACUGUUAAUAGUAUAUCACAAAAAACUUAUGACCAUGAAAGUUGGUUUAUUACCAAGCUAUUGAAACUACUAUUAUUUCCUCGAAGUUAUUUUGUUAAUAAUUCAGAUAAUGCAAAAUAUUUUUCACAACUUAGUCCAUUUGUUCAAAUCAUUAGAUCAGAAAGUAAUGAUGACAUAUUUAAUAACCCAGUAAUGGAAGCAGUAAUUAGCUAUAAAUGGCGUCCAGCAAGAAAUUAUUUUCUUCGACUUUUUUUUGUAUAUAUUUUAUUCGCGGCUUGUUUUGCAAUUAUUUGUGGAACUUAUGUGGCGCAUUUUGAAGCAACAGGAUAUUUGUGUAAUUCUAUACUAUUCCUUAUUGUUUUAUUCUAUUAUUUGGGAUAUUAUUUAUUAUAUGUUGAAUACAGACAGUUUGAGCAUCAUGGUUGGAGACGUUAUUUUAACUUAUUUAAUUGUGCAGAUUUAAUUUCAUCUGUUACAGCGAUAGUUGUAAUGUCAGUUUGCGUUGCUCCUUCAUUUAAUACUCAAAAAGCAUUUGCUAAUGUUGCGACAACUCAAAAAAUAACUAUUGCAAUUUCUUUUACGAUGUUAUUACUUUGGUUUGAAUUUAUCUUGUAUCUUCGGUUGAUAUCAGAACCAGCAAAAUAUAUUUACAUUAUGUUAAACAUUAUUAAAGAAACUUGGUUAUUUCUUACUUUUAUGAUUCUUGUGAUGGCAGGAUUAGCACAUAGUUUUUUACUAUUAUUACAAUAUCCUAACUUUACAAAUCUUAAAGAAAUAUCAUCAAAAUCUACUUUAUUUACUGUUGAUUCAACUAACAAAAUUCAAAAUGAUUUUGAUCGAACUGAAGAUAAUCCAGCUAAAAAUUUCAUUAUCUCAUUUCUUUCAACAUAUAACUGGUUAAAUGGUGCUUUUUUACAACAGGAUGCAUGGGACUUUUGGGCAGUGAAAUUUAUCACUUUCUUUGGUAGUAUUCUUUUAGUAACCAUUUUACAAAAUAUGUUUAUUGCUUUUAUGGGGGGCGUGUAUUCUAAAGCAUCUGAGAAAGGUCGUGUUGCAUUAUUACGAUUUCGUGCAGAAUCAAUUUCAGAUUAUGAGGCAUUGGAUGAAAUUUAUUUCUACCCUCCGUCACCCGAACCAAAAUAUAUUUAUUAUAUAGGUAAAUCAAAAAGUUAUAAAGAAUGGAAUGCGAAUGUUAAAAAAAGUAAAAAGAAAAACUUAUAUCAUGAUUAUGAAAAAAAAAUGUUUGAAAGAAAAUUAUCAUAUAAGCAAAUAGAUGAUGAUAGAUUUUUGUUUAAUAACGAAGAUGGUUAUGAUUUAUCCGAUGAUGACGAUAGUUCUGAAUGUGAAGAGGAAAAUGAAGAAGAGAUUUGUGUCAAAGGUAAUGAAUUUAAUAAUAAUGAACCUAAUGAGUUUAAUAUUCAUCUGGAAAAAAAGAUAGAUGAGGUUAAUAGUAAGAUUGAUAAAAUAUUAAUGCAAUCAUUAAGCAAAGUCACGGAAAUUUAG